ACUUUCUCAAUAAAUAUUCUUGUUCUUUGUUUGCUGUUCAUAUAUUAGGCAGUGGGAACCUUUUAUACCACCCCUGUGUUGUGACCCUGAUAUGACCAUGGACUGGGAUUUCUGCAUCUGUUUGUACCUGUUUUGUGCAUUUCAGUCAGUGCUGACGUUCAACAUCGAUCCUGUGACCUGGAAAUACUUCACGAGAAAUAAUGAUGCUGGCUUUGGCUACAGAGUCAUACAGAGAGAUGCAUCUAGUUUGCUUGUAAGUGAUCCUUUAGUACAAUACAGCCAUAAUGGAAGAGGACAAGUUUAUAGCUGUGCCGUUUCAAAUGAAACUUGCCUGCCGGUGAAAAUUAAUGUGCCUUCUGAAGCUGUUAACAUGUCUCUUGGACUUUCUAUGACUAAGGAUACACAAUCUUCUAAUUCAGUGGUCUGUGGUCCAACAAUUCCUAAGGACUGCAAGAUAAUUACUACCCUCAAUGGUAUGUGCUUUAAUAUCAGUGGAAACAAUGUGGUGAGUGAACCUAUACCAAGUGCUUUGAGAAGCUGCCCUCUUGAAAUAGAUAUUGCUUUUCUAAUGGACGGCUCUGAUAGUGUAGAAGACCCAGAUUUCAUUAAAAUGAAAACUUUUGUCAUAACAAUAAUCCAGAGUUUUUCCAAGUGCAAUUCUCAGUUUGCUGUUGCACAGUUCUCCACUGGUUAUGAAAUUCACUCCAAGUUUGAAACAGUCAAAGACAUUAAUUCAUGGAGGACAAGAAUAGAAGAGAUAAAACAUCAAAAAGGAUGGACCUACACUGCAAAGGCUAUAAAUAAACUUAUGGAUGAGCUUUUCAUAACUGAAGGAGGGAUGAGGCAAUCAGCAAUUAAAAUCUUAAUUGUUAUCACUGAUGGUAGAUCAAAUGAUGAACCUCAUCUCAAAGGUGCUAUUGAAAAGGCAAAAAAGAAGAAUAUCAUCCGAUUUGCUGUUGGGAUUGGCGAAGCUUUUGAUGAUCCCCGCACAAAACGACAGUUAGAAACUAUUGCAUCUGCUCCUGUUGCUAAACACGUGUUUAACGUGACUGACUUCGAUGCAUUGGACAGUAUCCGUGAACAACUGGAAGAGAACAUUGCAAUCGAAGGAGUCCAAUCCACUGGUGAUUCUGCUAAAAUGGAAUUUGCUCAGGAUGGAUUUAGUGCAGUGUUUACAUCAAGUGUAAGCCUGAUCAUGAGUUCUGUGGGAGCUUUCCAAGGGAUGGGCGGAUAUCAAGAACAGUAUCAAAAUGACCAUUCAUCAGAAUUCCAUGUGGGAAGUGAACAAGAUAGUUACUUAGGUUAUUCAAUGACAAUAGCAACACGAUCUAAAAAAAAGUUUGUGAUUAUGGGAGCACCAAGAUACAGGCAUAAAGGACAAGUGAGCGUUUCACUAAUUGGAGUUAACGCAACUAACCUGCUGAUGGAGUCACCCAAGUCUCAGAUUGGUUCAUACUUUGGAGCCGAGGUCUGUGUGGUUGACCUGAACUCUGACACAAAAACAGAUCUUCUAUUAAUAUCUGCACCAACGUAUAUAGACUCCCAUUCUGAAGGCAGAGUUUUUGUGUACUUUUAUUCUCGGCAGCCAUACUUCACUUUUUCUGGGGUGCUGGUGGGCAUGGCAGGUCAGAGGGGUCGGUUUGGCUCUUCUCUGGCCAGUCCAGCAGAUCUGAAUGAUGAUGGUUUCAUGGAUGUGCUGAUUGGAGCUCCUUUAGAGGAUGAUGGACAGGGCAGCAUCUACAUCUUCAAUGGCGGAAUAGAUCAAAUAAAUCCCACAUAUUCACAGAGAAUUGCUGGAUCAUCUGUGCGCUCAGGUUUACAGUUUUUUGGACUAGCUCUGAGUCAGUCCUCCCUAGAUCACAGUGGAGACAGUCUGCCAGAUAUUGCUGUUGGAUCAAAAGGAGCCGUUUUGCUUCUUAGGUCCAGACCAAUAGUGUCUGUGGAUGUAAAAGUAACAUACAGCCCAUCUAAAAUCUCAACCAGUGAAGCAAACUGCACCAGGCCACUGGAAAACACCUUGACGGUGUGCUUCAACAUGAGUGGAUACAAACACGCUAUAACAGAUUUGGCUGCAAAUAUUAGCUAUACAUUAAAGCUGGAUGCCAAGCGAUUUAACCACCGGGCAUACUUCUUACCCAAAAAUCGUGUCCUCAGUAAUGUUGUAAAUGUUAGACUGGAGGAGGUGUGCAAAGACCAUCCUUUCCUCAUAGAGUCUUGUACAGGGGAUCCUCUCAACCCACUGCUUAAUGAUUUAAUGUUCACUUUUGAGGGUCUGCCCUCCCAAAGUCUGGAGAACAUAAAGCCUGUUCUCUUACCCUGGAUAAAGAACACUACCGAAUGGAUGUUAGAUUAUGAGAUAAACUGUGGAUCAGACAAACUUUGUGUUGACAACCUCAAAGUGGACUUCAACUUUGAUGGAUCUACAAAUAUAGAGGUUGGGAUAAUGCAGAUGGUCAACAUGACAGUGUUUGUAGAGAACAGAGGAGAAAACUCAUACAACACUCUCUUCACCCUAAUCUACCCCUUUGGACUUUCCUACAGGAGAAUUAUGCCUCGAGUGGGCAGAGUGGAUUGCCGUUCUUUAGAUGGCAUGCAAGGAGUUUCAGCAGGGGAGAUGAGCUGUCGGGUCAAUAACCCUCUAUUCCCAGAAAAUGCUUCUGCAGCGUUUGACAUUAUUUACAGUAUUAACAAAGAAAGCCAUUUUGACCAAAAGGUGACAUUCAGUGCAUCUGUUACUAGUGGCAAUACGAAUCACUCUGAAAACAGUGAACUAUUAAAAAUAAGAAACAUCAGUGUAAAACAUGCAAUCUAUGUUGCCUUGUUGAGACAUACAGAUUCCAGCAUUUACAUAAAUUUUACAAGUGGGAAAAACAAUCUGGAAAAACCAGUGAAACAGAUAUUGGAGGUGAAGAAUGAGUUUAGAGAGCUAAAUUUAACCGUUUUCAUUCGAGUACCUGUAAAACUGGGAGCUGAAAACAUCUGGGCUGACAAAAAGUUGAAGAUUCCAGAUUGCUUUAGGGAAGGAGAUGAACAGCCCACCACCAGUGAUUUUCUGAAAGUGCUCAAAAAGAAAAGAAAAAAUGUAGUAGACUGCUCUGUGGCGGUGUGUGCUGUGUUCAGGUGUGAUGUGAAUCUGAUGAGAAAUGAAAGAAAGUUCUAUAAUAUCUCUAGCAAUGUGAGAUCUGGAUGGAUUGAGCAGAUCGGUAUUCAGUCUGCUUCUUUUGAGUUGGUCAGUACAGCAUCUCUGGAUUAUGAUAAAGACAAAUAUACUUACUUCUCUGAUUCUCUCAGCUCUGCAACAGUUUGUGAGGAUGAAAUCUUUGUGAAGGUGAAUACUCAGGUGGAAGUCUAUGAGGAACCCAGCAUCCUGAAGGACGUCAUUGGAGGAGUUACUGGAGGACUGUUGAUCAUCUCAUUCAUCACAGCCACUCUCUAUAAGUCUGGGUUUUUCAAAAGAAAGGCCAAGCAGCGGAUGAAGGAUUUAACACAAGAAGCUGAUGAACUGGAAUGUCUAGAUAGAAAUUAAUGCAGAAUUGGUUAAUUAUUAUUUUUUUUUUUGCUUUUUUUUUUUUACUUCUAGUGCUUCCAUUAAAAUGAACAGAUGUACAAAUAGCAAGUUAAAUGAUUAUAAUAAUUAUGAUUAAUUUCAUGUUUAAUCAUAAUUAUUACCCCCACACACACACACAUAAUUUAAAUGUAUGUAAAUAUAAAUACUAAGGUGCAGCACAGAAGGUUUUUUUUUUUUUUUUUUUGGUUAUAAAAUGAAUUAUUGAGCAAGAACUUAAAAAAAAAAAAAAGAAGUGUUCAAUUGUCCUCCUUGUCUCCUUGCCUGGUUCAACAUGGUACACUUGAGCAUUUUUUAUAGUGUACCCUUAUAAUAACGAUUUAUAUUUUGAGCUGUCGGGCAGGACUUUGCAGAAAAAUAUUUUUACGUCUUUACGUGGUUCGUCACCAUAAAAAAAGAAAAAAAAAAAGAAAAAGACCCGGCUAUGAUAUUGUGUAUGUGGGAUUGGAGGAUGGUGGAGUGUUUAAAGCUGCUUCUUCUUUUUUUUUAUUUUUUAUUUUUUUUUACAAUAGUUGUUUAGAAUGUAAACCAGCCAUCUAGCUGGCUGCUUUUAAUAUGGAUCUGUCUAAACGACAAUCAUCUUUGACCUCCUGGGAAUCAUCCAUGGUCAAAACAAAAAAAAACUUAGAAUUGCAGAAAGUCUGAGAUCAAAAGGGGCACGUAUGUCGAACUGCCAACACUCAUUCAGACUCACACAUUUGACUCACACCACAUGUCCAUUUUUGCACGCAGUGAAAAAUAUAUCACAGAGCAAGGAGGACAACGUGCUGACAGAUAAGCCAUAGAUGUAUACUUUGCUGCCUUGGAUAUCCCACAAUUCUAUGCUUUCCAUUCUGUGAUGGUUGAGCCAACAAAUAAAGAUGGUGUCUGAAA